CCUAAAAAUCGAAAGCCUCGUUUUUUGUGUAUUAUUUGCAUUGUGAUUUAGUAUUUCAUUCAGUUAAUUUUAUCAUCCAAACAAUAUAAUGAUUAAAAAACUAAUUGAAUUAUUUGUUCUAUAAUUAAAAAAUCUGCGUAAACUUUUCUGAUAUAAUAAUAUAUUAUAUAUUCGCUGUUCAUCCUUUUCAAAUCAAAACAGAUCGCAGAGAAUUUUUGUGAUAUUUCUAAAUAUUUUUAUAUUAUAUUAUUUUUUUUAAUAAGUAAACUAGAUGCAGGACAUUCGGAAUAUUAACCUGGGCAACAAUUCCGGCAACAGCCAUGAUUCGUCUCUGGCAACCUCCAAAAUGCCGCGCAACUUUAAACUGCUAUCUGAUCCACAGUUGGUUAAAUGUGGUACGAGACUCUAUCGUUACGAUGGUUUAAUGCCAGGAGACCCGUCCUAUCCAACAAUAACACCUAGGGAUCCACGGAACCCACUUAUUCGCAUACGCGCCAGGGCUGUUGAACCACUUAUGCUUCUUAUUCCGAGGUUUGUCAUCGAUUGCGACUACGUGGGCCAGCCACCAGCAGUCGAAGUUACUAUAGUGAACCUAAAUGAUAACAUCGACAAGCAAUUUCUUGCUAGCAUGCUGGAUAAAUGUGGAACAUCUGAUGAAAUAAAUAUUUACCAUCAUCCCAUCACAAACAAACACUUGGGCAUUGCUCGUAUAGUGUUUGAUAGUACGAAGGGAGCGAGAAAAUUCGUUGAAAAAUACAAUCAAAAGUCUGUAAUGGGAAAGAUCUUAGAUGUGUUUUGCGACCCUUUUGGUGCCACAUUAAAAAAAUCUCUUGAGAGCCUUACAAAUUCAGUCGCUGGAAAACAAUUAAUGGGUCCAAAAGUAACACCGCAAUGGACAUUUCAGCAGGCUGCUUUGGAGGAUACCGAAUUCAUCCACGGAUAUCCUGAAAAGAACGGCGAACACUUAAAGGAUAUCUACACCACACAAACCAAUUCGGAAAUUGCAAACCGUAGUAGGGAUCGAAACUGGAAUCGCGACAAGGAAAGAGAAAGAGAUCGCCAUUUUAAGGAGCGCAGUCGACAUACGUCAGAGCGAAGCUAUGACCGUGAUCGUGGAAUGCGAGAAAACGGCACUUCAUUAAGGUGUCGCCGUACUUUUUAUCGACGCCGUUCUAGUGAUAUAUCCCCAGAAGAUUCGCGGGAUAUAUUGAUCAUGACAAGAGAAAGAUCUAGAGAUUCAGAUUCACGUCCUCGUGAUUAUUGUCGUUCUAGGGAGCGAGAGUCGUUUCGAGACCGUAAAAGAUCUCAUGAAAAAGGCCGAGAGCAGCCCAGGGAAAAAAGAGAACAUCAUUAUAACUCAUCUAAAGAUCGAGAGUACCGCGGAAGAGAUCCCGAACGAUCUGCUGAAAUCGAUCGAAGGGAUCGCGGAAGUCUUAAGUAUUGUAACCGCUAUUCAUUGCAUGAAUAUAUUGAAACUGAUGUUAGACGUUCUUCGAAUACAAUAAGUAGUUACUAUCCCGGUUCCAGUCUUCCUACUGCAAGCCAUGGCUUCAAUAGCUGUUCUUUACCUUCAAUUGAAAAUAUUAACACAUGGUCUGAUCGGAGAGCUUGGACUGCGUUUCAGCCUGACUUUCAGCCAGUACAACCACCCCCACCGCCACCAGAAGAGACUGACAACUGGGAUGAAGAGGAACACGACAAAAAUUGUAUUGUGCCUAUGCCUUAUGGCUCCGCAAAACUUCAACCGCCAGUGCCGUCAAACGUGAAUUUCGCGACUAAAUUAAAGUCAGUUACACAACCGAAUUCCGAUCCAGGGAACGUGGAUUUAGAUACUCGAAUAGCUUUAAUAUUUAAAGGAAAAACUUUUGGAAAUGCACCGCCUUUUCUUCAAAUGGAUAGCAGCGAUUCAGAAACAGAUCAAGGCAAACCUGAAGUUUUUUCGGAUGUUAAUUCCGAUUCAAACAACUCGGAGAACAAAAAAAGGUCAUGUGACAAAAGUAAUAAAGUUCUCCAUCAGCAAAAUGAAGCAAGUGAUAUAUCAAGUGAUGAAGAAAUAAUAGGUAAAAAGGACAAGUCAAAACUCAGUUUAAUAGGCGAAAAGGAAGUAAAUGAUGACAAUAUGUCUUUAUCGAGCCUAUCUUCCCACGAGGAUCCUAUCCAGACCAAGGAUGGUGCAGAGUUUAAGAGUAUUAUGUCAUCUUACAUGUAUUCGAAUCAAAAUCCUUUUUAUUACCAUGCUACAGGCUAUGGGCACUAUCUUCCCGGUAUUCCGUCUGAAUCUACAAGUCGUUUAUUUUCAAAUGGCGCUUACAUGCAGUCUGAAUAUUUAAAAGCCGUUACAUCAUUUAAUUUUGAUUCGUUUUCUAAGCCAUACGACUACAAUAAAGGUGCUCUAUCAGAUCAGAAUGAUGGAAUACGUCAAAAAGUAAAAAAAGUAAUUGGCUAUAUUGUCGAGGAGCUAAAACAGAUUUUAAAAAGAGACGUUAAUAAGCGCUUGAUUGAGAUAACUGCAUUUAAACAUUUUGAGACAUGGUGGGACGAGCAAACAUCAAAAGCCCGUUCAAAGCCGCUAUCCGAAAAAGCAGACUCCACUGUCAACACACCUUUAAAUUUUAUUAAAGAUACUUCUAAUAACGAAAAGAAUCCUGAUAUAAAUCUUCUUAUUAAUGCCCACAGGGAAGCCGCAGAUUUUCAAUCUUACUCCAGUAUAGGCUUGCGGGCAGCAAUGCCCAAGCUGCCGUCGUUUCGGCGUAUAAGAAAACUUCCUAGCCCUAUACCCACCAAAAGAAAUUUUUUGGAAAGAGAUUUAAGUGACCAAGAGGAAAUGGUGCAACGCUCCGACUCAGAAAAGGAGGAUUCUAAUGUGGAAACCUCCGAUACUGCACAUUUAAACAUUAAAGGUCCAGUCCCAAUUCAAGAGUCAGACACUAAAUCGCAUACAUCUGGUCUUAAUUCAAAAAGAAAGGGAAGUGCUUCAAGUUUUUUUUCUUCUUCGUCUUCUUCCACUUCUAGUGAAGCUGAGUAUGAAACAAUCGAUUCUGUAGAAAAGGCUAGGACUAGUGAGGAAGAUAGUCCUGGAAGAUAUGGUCAAAGAAAUCUGAAUCAACGAACAAAAACGAUUAGAAACAGGAAUCGAGUGCGUAAAAUGGAUAAAGUUACAAAUGUGAGAAAUGUAUAUUCGGGGUCAGAUGAAUUCAAAAAAGAGAACGUAACUAGGCGCACAAAAAAGAAUAUUUAUUCCGAUACAGAUGAAGAUAAUGAUAGAACGUUAUUAUCUGAUUUAAAAGAAAAAAAUAUUUCAACAAUUUUAUCUGAUCUCGAAGAAAUAAGUAAAGAUAGUUGCAUCGGAUUGGAUGAAAACGGGAUUGAACCCACAUUAUUAUUAUCAACGAUUUCAAAACUGAAUGAAGAGUGUAGGCGCUCUCUUACACCCGUUCCACCACCGGGUUACAAUGAGGAAGAAAUUAAAAAAAAGGAGGAUUGUAAACAAAAGCCGUUAUUUGAAUACGAUAGAAUUUACAGCGACUCCGAGGAGGAGAAAGAAUAUCAGGAAAGAAGAAAGAGAAAUACUGAGUACAUGGCUCAAAUUGAACGAGAAUUUUUAGAGGAACAAGAAAAGAGUAUUGAAAAGUCAUUGGAUGAAAACCUACAGUCGCCUAAUAGCAUUGUAAAAUGCAGAAACUCCCCAACAAAUAAAAAUGACGAAACGAGAAAAAAAGCUUUUUCACAAACAAGAUCAUGUUUUGAAAGUGCAAGUAAAGUUGACAUGACUCUAGUCAAUAUAAUAAAUGUUGAAAACGAUAUAAACGAAUUUGGCCCUCAUGAAGAGGGUAAUGUUACAAACGGUUGUAACAAAGUGUAUACAAGUUCAAAGGGUAAAACCAAAAGAACUCAAUCGCCAGUGUAUUCUGAGGGCGGUUCCAGCCAAGCUUCUCAGGCGAGUCAGGUUGCGCUAGAGCACUGUUAUUCGUUGCCGCCGCACUCAGUUUCUUUGUGCGAUUAUCCAUCUGGUAAAGUGAAUGAAACUAAAAACAGUUUAAAACGAGAAACAGAGAACAUUGCAAAUGUUAGCCAAAUGACGAGGACAGGUCCCGGCAGACCUCGCAAGGAUCCAAUAUGUACUCAAAAGAAAAAGAAAGAUUCGGCCCCCAGGAUGUCAAACGUAAAGCCUAAAAUGGCACCAAACAGAGAUCAAUGGGCCGAAUUGGCACACAAAAAUGUACAUUUUGUUCCGUGUGAUAUGUAUAAAACUCGUGAUCAGAAUGAAGAAAUGGUUAUUUUGUACACUUUUUUAACAAAAGGCAUUGAUGCAGAAGAUAUAAACUUUAUAAAAAUGAGUUAUUUGGACCAUUUGCAUAAGGAACCGUACGCAAUGUUUUUAAAUAACACUCACUGGGUGGAUCACUGCACAACUGACCGAGCUUUUUGGCCACCGCCAACAAAAAAGCGAAGAAAAGACGACGAACUGAUGCGACAUAAGACUGGAUGUGCGCGAACUGAAGGAUUUUACAAACUAGAUGUUCGAGAAAAGGCUAAGCAUAAGUACCAUCAUGCUAAAGCCAAUACAGAAGAUUCUUUUAAUGAAGAUCGGAGCGAUGAACCUACAGCACUUACAAAUCAUCAUCACAAUAAAUUAAUUUCCAAAAUGCAAGGAAUUUCCCGCGAAGCUCGCUCAAACCAGAGAAGACUUUUAACAGCCUUUGGUUCUAUGGGUGAAUCUGAGCUUUUAAAAUUUAAUCAGCUAAAGUUUCGGAAGAAACAGCUUAAGUUUGCAAAAUCUGCGAUACAUGAUUGGGGAUUGUUUGCAAUGGAGCCCAUAGCUGCAGACGAAAUGGUUAUUGAAUAUGUUGGUCAGAUGAUUCGACCUGUAGUUGCUGAUCUAAGAGAAACAAAGUAUGAAGCGAUUGGAAUUGGUAGUUCCUAUUUGUUUCGAAUUGACAUGGAAACUAUAAUCGACGCAACUAAAUGUGGAAACUUAGCUCGAUUUAUAAAUCACAGUUGCAAUCCGAAUUGCUACGCUAAGGUUAUAACUAUUGAAUCUGAAAAAAAGAUAGUAAUAUAUUCAAAACAACCCAUUGGAAUAAACGAGGAAAUAACUUACGACUAUAAAUUUCCACUAGAAGAAGAAAAAAUACCUUGUCUAUGCGGCGCCCAAGGAUGUCGGGGCACACUUAACUAAUACUUAUUUACAGCAAUGAAUUAAAUAUUCAUUAAAACCUAAUACUUAUUUACAGCAAUGAAUUAAAUAUUUAAGAGCACAUAAA